UAUGCGAAUGGGAAUGUUCCUCCUUCAAUGAGUGAAUGCGUGCUUCGUCGGAAUACGUCUCACGGAAAUUCAACAAUAUCUGUGCAGAAUCUAGCAGACAGGCCUAGUUCCUUUGUUCGCCUUUUGUGAAAACACCAAUCUCACAACGUUUCCAAUGACGCAGCGAAAGGCCGAAAAGAUAUUAAUUGAGACUGGAGAAACAACAGGUUUCGAUGAAAACUUCGGUAUCUCAGAUCUUCAGCCCGUUGAGGAGACUGACAGUUUCAGCCCAAAUGUCCCUGAAAUACAGAAUGCUCCAUCAGCUGAAAGUCCUUCGUCCGAAUCGCCGGCAAAAAAAACUGCCGAAAUGGGCGCCGUGGCUGCGGGGCAAAAGUUCAACAAAAAGAUGUAUAUCAUCGGUGGUGUCGUUGUGGUCAUUAUCAUCGCUGUUGUAGUAUUCCUAUUUAUCGGGGGGUCGUCAAAGAAAACGGAGCCUAAAUCUACUAGGCCACUUCGGCCUUCCGGACACGUAGGCGCCUGCGCAAUCGUGAAAAUGAACGACACUGACGGCGUUUUAAUGAUGCAGCAUAAUGUUUCUAUAAUUGAAAGUGAACUUAAGAAGCCAAAUAUAGAAGGCCUGGUCUACGAGUAUGCCGCAAAAAUGUCGGUACCUCAAGAAAGCGCCGAAGAGAAAGACGGGACGAACUUCAUAGCUUUCGUAUUUCCGUCAACUGCAAAAACCAGCACGAUCAUAUAUCGUUUUGGAAGCUGCUCUUCGGGCAAAACCCUACCAAUCGUUGAACACGAAUUCGGCGCUGGGAACAUGCCAAACCGUGAAGCUUUGGAAGGAGUUGUUCCAAAGGCUAAACAGAGUGGCAACUUUGACUGCACACUUGAGUCACUCCCGAUUGACGGAGCUAAUCAGAAGGUGUUAACGUUGACUAUGUUAGCUGAGUUCGACUUUCUCCAUAAGAAAUUCCAGGUGAAAAAGUGCGCCUCGACAUAUAGCUCCUGUGCGACAGUAUAUUCCAUAGCGGAUUCGGGUUUAAAGCCGCAGGAAAAUAUGCCCAUCCUUAUAAUCCCAUCAUGGAAGGAAGUCAAGUACUUCCCCCACAAAGGCAAGCCCAUGGACCUAGCAGGUUAUGGGUCCCCGCUUCAAGACACUCCUAUAAAGAUACUUCGAUCUGAAAUCACCGACUGCAUAGAACGAUAUAAAGAAGCUGACGGUACGACUAAAGCCAAGAUUCUCUAAAGUUUAUUCGAGCUUCUUGACUUGCAAACGUCCCUUCGAGCCGAAUUCGCAUUUGACAAACAGUUACGACAACGGUGAGCAGCGGGACGAUGAUACCGUCACAUGAGGCGCAGAGCGGAUCAUUUGGUGUUUACAUAUUUUAUCUCCGAAAUAUCCAUUCAUGUUACCUUGACAUAAUUGUGUAUAUAACCAUCCAUUUUGUACUGAUUUCAUCAUGGAUUUGCAUCAGCGAGGACGCGCGCCGGAUAACGCAAGUGAAAGCUAAGAGCUGGAGAAGCGAUGCCCACUAAUGUAAUAGUUUUCCGUUUAAAUGACGCACCUAUGUAUGUUCUAAUAAAGCCACUAAUUGGUAUAUGUGCGAACUCUAACAAAAUACACAUGGAAGGAGGCGUGAUGGAAAUCGAAAAUCCGAAUUGAACUGGGCAGGACGAGAAGGGGUCAAAGCAUUUUCCCGCUCACAGUGGGCUGUCAAUGAACCGAUCAUUUUCAUGUUGGGGUAUUCUGCGUUCGGGGUUUUAGGGGACGCGGGUUAUUGAAACUGUUAAAUGUGAAAAAAAACACGAUUAUGUCGCCUUCUGAUCACAGAUCAGAGACGACGUUCUGCCAGGACAAGAGAAAGGUAAAUCGAGUGGCUCGACAAAUUAAAUGGAAACGGAAGCGAUAAAUUGACCUGUCCUUUCGAACAGUUGUCGUCUACGUCGUCUGAUAAAAAAGAAGAGUUCUACGUAAAUAAAUAGGGUAUGACGUCAUCAUCUGGAUGCCAGGCAUUCCGGGUUAGGGAUGCGGUACAACAAAGGCGCUCGACACGGAAUCUUGUCUUCACUACUUACGAUUCGACCUAAGAGUAAGUUGCUAUCGUAUCGUGAAGGCAAAGAGCAACAAUCGUCUUUUCGUUGCCAUCGUGCGACACGCCGUUGUCCAUUUUUUACCUUAUGAAUUUAGCCGAGGUGAACGAGCGCGGUAUUUUUACAUACCCCAAUGUUGAGUGCUAACGUCCGUGAACUUCAGCCCGCUCUUAUUACAGCUUGAGUUUUAAUAGCUCAGUUCCGAAAUUUCCUUUUUUAGUGCAAUUUUCCUGCCCUGAGAGUAUAAGUGCAUCUUGAAGACAAAAUAAAUUGAUAACAAAAUGCCGCACCAUUAUAAAGUAACGUCAUUUUUAAAUAUAUAAUAUUGUUUGCAGUUCACUUGGACGACGUAUUAUAAAAACCAUAGACAUGGCGCCACAUCAGUGUGUGAAGUCAUAAAGGGUACACAACAGGCACAGAACUGUCCUACUUUGGGUGGUUCGUUGUCAUCAUCGAAGUAAUAGUGUUUGUUUUGUGGUGACAACUUUCGACGAAUGUUUAGUCCUCAGCGUCUUGCGAACGUUAGAGCAGCGUGAUUUGAAAACCGGGAGCAUAAUAUUCCGGACUGAUGAGACAAGAACAGUGGAGGAGAGCUUCGGGAUCUCGGAUGUUCAACCCGCAUAUGAAACCGAGAGUAUCGGUCCAAACGUCCCUGAUAUACGGUCUGCGUCGACAUUUCACCGUAGGCCAAAACAACUAAGGAACGAGAAACGGCGUGGAACGCAAGCGGAUUGGAUUAAAGUUGCCUGAAUCACUAAUGGCCUGCACUUGGCUUCAAUGGAGCGAUACAUCUGAAUUCCCUAUCACAAUUCCAACAGUAUUUCACCUAUCAAAUGUAUGCGUCUUAUGGUAUCACACGCUUCUGCCGGGAACUGGUCUUCAACAGCCAUACUAUGUUAUCUCUGUCAUUCAACGACCGCAGCAAUCCAUCGAGCAAUGUUGGCACCUUUGGCCUUAAGAUGAAAUGAACAAGUGCCAAUUGCUUGCAUACGAACGAAAUCGUGUGUUAUUUUGCCUGUUUCAUUCAAAGGUCUCGCAGGAGAAUACAGCCUGGUUGCCGUUAUAGUGGGCGUUGUUACAGCUGCAAUUUUAUUUUAUCAGAGGCACAUUGAUGGUUAAAAUGUUUGAUAACCCUAAACUAUCUCGGCCUACAGGACACCUAGUCACCUGUACGCUCGUGAAAAUGGAUAAUAAUAACGACACGUUGACUAUGACCCAUGAUGUUUCCAUAAUCAGAAAUGUACUCAAGUAAAAAAAAAACGUGGAGGGCAUGGUA